AUGAAUUUAAACUCCCCACUUUUCGAUAAUGUGCUGGCCAUCGACGAGCGACUUAAAAUGCUUGAAAUGGAAGUGUAGUAGAUGGAUACUUACUACUAGCAGAAACCUCCACCUAAUCUAGGCAGCAUGAUCAAUAAUAAUCUAUCUGGAUUGACGUAGCAAACAUUCCCAGAAGAGUAGGAAGAGGAUUUAAAACCUUAAGCAUUCAAGCCACAACCAUAUGUCCCUCCAUCGCAUCAAUAAUCAAUAAACUAAUAAAUAUAGCUAGUUGCAUCUCCUAAGCAAUAGCUCACUUAGCAGUCAAAUACAUCAACAGCCAGAAAGCUCAGUUCUAAAAAGCCUAUUCAGUAGAAUUCAGCUUAUUCAAGUGCUUCAAAUCAACUCAAUAACAAUAACUAGCAGUAAAUAACUGCAGCAACACAAUAGCAAUAAAAUUAAUCAGCUGUCGGUGCUGGAACCAGGUAUUAGAAUCUAACUGCAAUUGGUCUUGAUAAUAAAUCACUUCUUAUAAAUAAGAUUAAGCCUUAGAUUUCAAAGUAGUAUGAGCAAACUUUGGAGGAGGGGAGACCUGACUUCUCUAUCUUGGAAUAGGAAUUCGAGUUUGGUGAUAAGUUCUAUGAACCACAGUACUUUGGAAACACCAACGACAUUGAUGGGGAGUGCUCCUUUAAUGUUAGAUUUAGAGAGAGCGAGAGUGUGCAUAAAACAGAGUAACGAAUCAUAAUGGAUGUACUUAAAACUCAGUCGAAUACCUAUUACGAUAGCUUUAUGUUUUGA